UCUUGAUCUUCCGGCAGAAGAGAGGAGAAAAAAAAAAGGAAAAAAAAAACAGCCCUUAGGGCUCCAAAUCAAGAAAUCUCCUCUCCCAUUUUCUUUCUUCUUUGUUUCAUCUUUCUAUUUUCUUUAUUCCACGUUUCUUGCUGCACAAGAAAGUAGUUAUCUCCUGGUUUCAGCCGUGACAGUGAAGCAUGGCGAGAGAUAUGUUCAUCAAGUUAAAUCCAAUCUCCAUCAAUAUCAACCGUCCUAGCUUCAAUCCUGGAGAAAAUCCCGGCACUGUUACCACCAUUAGCCCCAUAAGUAUCUCGUCUCCGUGCUCCAUUUGCCCAUUAUCAAUAUCUCAGACCUGUUUUCGCAGCCAAAGAGCAUUGAUUUCUAGAGAUAACAACUUGUUUCCCAAGAAAAGUUCGGCAUUGGUCCGAUGUCAGACAAGUCUUGGGAUUGGAAGAAACCAUAAAUGGUGGGAAAAAGAGAUGCAACCAAACAUGAAAGAGGUAACUUCACCUGAAGAUCUUGUGGGCUCCUUACUCAACGCCGGAGACAGACUUGUUGUUGUCGAUUUCUUCUCCCCCGGCUGCGGUGGCUGCAGAGCUCUUCAUCCUAAGAUAUGUCAGAUAGCAGAGAAGAAUCGGGAGGUACAGUUUCUGCAAGUGAACUACGAAGAACAUCGAAGCCUUUGCCAAAGCCUCAAUGUUCACGUUCUUCCCUUCUUCCGCUUCUACCGCGGCUCCUCUGGCCGCUUGUGCAGCUUCAGCUGUACCAAUGCUACGAUCAAGAAAUUCAAGGAUGCAUUGGAGAAGCACGGCCGGGAACAAUGCAGCAUAGGAGGAACCAGGGGGCUUGAAGAGAAAGAACUCAUCACCAUGGCUGGAAAAAAAGACCUUUCUUUCUACUACAAACCCGAACUCAAGGGAGAAAUUGCAGAGAACCAAGAAACAGAGAGAUCACCGAGAUCUCCAACUUUGAAAGAACUUCAAAAGAGAGAAGAAGAAUUAAAGCUUAGUAUUGCUGGAAGAUGACAAUUGAUGAUGAUAAAGAAUGAAUGACAUGAAUUCCCUUUGUUCUCUAAGUUUAUUGGCUCUUCAAGUUUUGGAUUGCCUCUCUAACGUUUUGUUGGAUCGGAGAGUGUUGUUGUUGGCAAUGUAUGCAUGUACUGUAAGUCCAUGUGAGGUAUCAUUGUGCAAAAGCUUUCUUGUAUAAUGAGACUAUAUUUAGAAGA